AUGACCAUUUCUAAUACCCCACCCCAAAGAAACAAAAAAUGCCAGCUGAGUCAGAUUCUCCAGUCUAGUUUUGCUGCUUGAAUCCUAGCUGAGUUAGCUCGAAGGGGAACGUUCCUGAAUCCUCUGUGUCUGACUAUCAAGUGGCACCACUCAUUUUUAGUUUUACAUCUCCGUAGACAAUCCUACUCUUCAAUUGCAAACCUAAUUUUCCAAUAUUUUCAUGUUUUCUGCAACAUAUCUAGUGUCUUUAUAGAAUAAAAGCAAGCCACAAGAUGUCUAGUCAAACCCAAGGAGACAGUGCUGGAAGCAGCAGCAACAGCUCUGAAUAUAAAAGGUCAAAUCAAAGUCGUCGUGGAGCUUCCAAUAAAACCCAUCAUGGUCGCUCCCCCCAGACAGCCGCUGGAAAAGAUGAUUUGUGCUCAACUGCUCAAAAGAGGAUCCGGAAUUUGCAACAAAAGUCACACGAGAAGCCUGCCGACUACAAACUUCGUCCCCAAACUGGUCGCUCAGAACACAGCAGAGGUGCCGACUCAUCCAAGCUCCCUCUGCGUACCAAUUCAGCACCGACAAAGGCCAAGGGAAGUGUGUCACAUCACCGGAAAGGUCAAUCCCAUGAUUUGGACAGCACAGACCCAAAAUCAAAGAAACUACCCAAAGAAAAUGGAGCCCCUUCAAAGACCACGUCUAGAGACAUUAAGCGUAGUGAUAGGAAGGACAGUGGUAUUGGUCAAUCCCCACCCUCAGUCGAGCCAAAUAAUGAACUAGAGUCAACUGAUACUUCAGUAGUGGACCUGUCAACUGGUGGUGCUGGGGAGAGUGAAUCUGAGGAACAGGAGAAGGUGACUGCAACUGAGGAUGCUCCUGUUGACUCCGCACAGGAGGAAAAAUCAAGCAGGAUACAAUAUACAAGAGAUGAGUUGUUGUCUCUCAGUAAGUCCCCUCCCAGUCUUCAGAAACACCCCUCCCUGGAUGAAUCCAUCGACAUAAUUUUCCUCAAGCAAAGCUCUAUGCCAAAUCAAAGUAUCGAGUCUGAAGGUGAUGUGAAGAGAAAGCACCCCACAGCUCUUUCUCUAAUUAGAGAGCAUGAUGCCAGACAGCUUCCGAAAGUUUCGCUUAGCCCACAAAGAAAGAGUUUCCACGGUGGCUGCUCGUGGAAUGACGGCAAGGUCCCAGACACUCCAUCCUCAGCCAAGGACAACACUGGUCACUUCGAACUUGAGAAUACUUACCCUCUAACGUCAAAGGCUAAUCAAGGCUCAUCUCAGCAAGGGCCUCUCUUACAGCCGAAACACAAGGUGAUAGACCAUGUUCCACUUCGGGAUCAAGAGUUGGGACGUGGGAGCAAGAAAAACUGGAGAGAGAAGAGCAAAGACUCAGAGUGGGCCAAAAAAAAUCACUACCAGAACACUUGGGAGGAGGAGGAGCCAGAAUGGAUGGAGUUUGGUCCCAAUGAUAGGUUUGAGCUCAUGGAACUCACUGGUCUAGAGGAACACGAGAGGGAGAGAGAAGCUCGUCUUGGUCUUGAGGAGAGUGAGUCUCAACCUAGAGAGGAAGACUCUGAGAGCCCUCUACACAUUGAGGAUGCUGAGAAUCAAGUUGACAAAGAGCAGUGUGAAUUGGAGCCAGCUAGUAAGGAAUCCAAGGCUAAAAGUGUCAAGGAUAUACCUAGUAAGAAAGAAGUCAUGCUCAAAGCUGCACUGGAGAUGGAUAAUUUUAUGUUGGAUGGAUUUGAUUUUAGCACAGGUCUGAGCUUUUGUACUGCCCUGGAUGAUGAAGAGGAGAUGCGGUCCACUCAAAGCCCUGCUGAGAUGGGCAAUGCUCUCAUGAAAGUACUCAAAAUUGGGGGGGAAGAAAGACUGUCUCCUGGCAAAGACAAAGCAGAAACAAUUCUUGGUGUGAGUAAUCGACCUGUCAAUGCACUCACCCUGGAUGAGAUCCACGCUCGAGAGAAUAUUCAGACAACACCCACCCUUCCUACACCCAAUAAGCCAAGCAGUGCAGACCUAGGUGCAUUCAACAAGCUAGUGGCUGGUCUCCAAUUCUCUGGUGCACUACAUAAGGAGAGCUCUGAGGCAGGGCAGCAGAAGGUCAAAUCGUCUCCGAACACUCCUGACACAAGCUCAUUAAACAUUGUUCCUAAGUCCAGCCCCUCCAUACCAAACUCGGAAGUCCCUACUACAUUCCGUCCUGAAAAUGUUAAGCCUCCACAGGAUACAUUUGGGAACAUUCUCGAGAAAGAAAUGGACUUUGACGAAGAGGUAAUCACAGGGUCACACUCUCACUACCAGCGACCUCCUCCAGAGAUUCCCCCUCAGUAUCCGAGUCGAGUCAGCCGUGUGGAACACUUAGAGAGAAUGCUAGAGAAGCUGGAUCAGGAACAAAUUCUCAGAGACAGGCAAAAUCCACUACCCUCAGAGCUACCUCCUCCCCACAUGGCCAGUGGAUAUGCAGACCCACACAUAAAGGCAAAGCUGCUCCCAGGCCUUAGUGCUCGAAUGACCGGGGGACCACCGAUGGAAGCACAGAGAUCCAUGCACAUGGUGGACAGGGAAUACAUGUAUCACGAAGGAGAACACAGGAUGGACAUGCUGCCCCCACCCAGCAUUGGGAUACGACCUCAGGGUGGGGUAAAUCGCCCCACUGCCAAUAAUUGGGCCGUUGAGAUGGAGAGACGACGUUUGAUGGAGUUGAAGCAGAUGAAGCAGAUGGAGAGAGCUCAAAUGGAGAGAGCUCAAAUGGAGAGGGCCAUGUAUAGCAACAGUAUGCACAGAGGAAUGCAACACAGGAUGCGUGAGACCCCUCCUCCCAAGCCCAACAUUAGCCUUCUUCCAACGGCAGUCAUGAGACAGAUGCACAACAACAAACCAAACCAAACACUCUCCGAUGUAGCCAAAUCAAACUCGUUUAAAGUAGUAGAUCCAAGAGCAGAACAAGAGUUCAAUUUGAAGAGCACCAUGUCCCACUCUCCAAUCUCUAAUGUGUACAACGAAGUUGAGCACCCCUCUCCCCGACACCAUCCCUCACAGAUGUACGCCAUGGGUGGGGGUCAAAUGCCUGGUCAAAUGAGGAGUGGCCCCCCGUUCAGACCCGUAUCCGAUCCAGCACCUCCUGCUAUGAUGUACAGAGGUUAUUACAACAUGCCAGUUAUGCCACAUGGAGGGAUGCAAAACCCCUACAUGUACUGAUGUUCCUGUACCUGUAAAUUCUCUAUCUAAUCCAACAAUUAAUCCCACGAUUUGACGAUGUCUGACCUGCUCAGUUGGUACAUGAUUCUUAGCACACCAGAUUACCGUCAUAAAAUCAUAAACAUUGGGACUCACCAUCUCUUAAUUGUCCAUCAUGUUGUCAUCAACAACAGAAAAUGAAAUCUGCACACAGUUAUCGUUCAACGGGUAUUUUAGGUUGUGUUCUCAUCACUAUUGAUGUUAAAAUGUAUGAUAUCACUAAUUUUGCUGAUUUCUUAUAAAUGAUCGUCUACUUUUAUGAUCACGUAACUAUAAACGUACAUGAGUUGUAGUACCUACAUGGAACAAACAUAGUUUAAUUGCAAGAAACAGUACUGCUCUCGCUCCACUCCUAGAGUCAUCCCCUAAUGGCACGUACAGCUGUAUGUAAGCAAGAAAUAGUACUGCUCUCGCUCCAUUCCUAGAGUCGUCCCCUAAUGGCAUGUACAGCUGUGUGUAAGCAUAGAUUGAAGAGUUAGACUCUUCAAUCUAUGGUGUAAGUAAGCAAGAAACAGUACUGCUCUCGAUUCCUAGAGUCGUCCCCCUAAUGGCAUGUACAGCUGUAUGUAUUAAAGCAAGAAACAGUACUGCUCUCGUCUCGUACGUACCUAGAGUCAUCCCAUAUGGCACAGCUGUAAUAUCUAUAUAAUUAUAUGUGAUAGCAGAGCAAUGCAUCCAACAAUAGUCUAAAAAUUACGGUUUUAGACUGUGAGCCGACUGCACUGUUGCACGGUGAACACUUGCUUGAGAGUCUGUUACAGUUUAAGUCAUAAAUUAUACAGUGCAGUAGAUCUGCAACGCAUUAUGUCAUUAUAAGGUACAUGUUUAUUUUGUGACAAAAAUUAAUAAUAGCAAUUCUUAAAUAGAAACUGUGUUAAUUAAUACCAGUUAUUAGAGUUAUGGUCCGGAGACUACCAUUGUGCAUGUCCUUUUUUUCGUUUAGCCUUGAGCUUCUUACUGAUACUUCGUCUUGUCCCCCACUUCUCUUGAAUCUUUUUUAUUUCAGAAUUGCUGAUUUUUUCUGCUGUCACCUCCAUAACGGAUUGUUCAUUGCUAGGUCCAGUGUUCGCUUCAGCGAGUCCUUCUAGUAGCAUUCGCUCACCAUUCUGUUUCAAUAAAUGCUUUUCCCACAUUUUCUUCACCUCUCGCUCUCUAACCUUCUUUCUUCUGACACCCAGGAUCUUUUGUCUUCUUUUAGAUCUAAGACUUUUAGCCAUUUUAUUUUUUGUCUCUGUGAUACACGACAAUUAUUAUCUCUCUUUUCCAACCAAACACACGUGGCCGGCUACUCACUAAUAAUUAUUAUCUUAAAAAUUUUCAUUUCCAAUUAAACGAAAGUCAUGUGCCAAACAUUUCGUAAUACUUGAGUAAACAAGCCAAGUUUCAACAAACUUCAUCUUUACGUUUUGAGGACAGCUUGAGGACGGCCUACAGUGUUAGGAGCCUCUUCUUCCUCCAUUAACAGAUAUCAACAUAAGAAAGUUAUCAAAUUUGAACAGUCUCUGUCCACCUGAGUAAGAUGUGUUACAAGCACGGAGGUCCAACUAUAGGAACAACCGGUGUACAACCACGACAACAAACUACCUCAAGUAGUUCAGCUGGUAGCCAAAUUACCCUCAGUAAAUUCAUAUACCCCAGCUCUUACUUUGCCCGGCGUGCCAGUCAGAAGCAUUGUACACAAUGCCAGGAUCGAGUGAGUCCCGAACAGGCCAAGACGGCUCUGGGUGUGUGCACCGUAUUCCUUGUGCAGAAAACUCUUCAGUGGCUUACUAACAAGUAGAGAAGGACUAUAAUUUUACACCCUGUACUGCCACAAACUCAAUUUGUUCGUAUACUAUAAAACCUUUGUUGAACUGUGUAUAAUUAUACAUUCAGUAUUAUUAAUAAAAAUUAAUUAUAAUUAUGGAAUAUAA